AAGCCACCGCGAGCCUGACUCGAUAUCGAGACUGGUUCUAUCUAGGUUCAAUCAAAUUCACCAAUCCUGGCUAAGAUCUUUCCGUUCAGAGCGUGCGUUAUCGCGAAUCCAUCGUGCGGAGUUGGACCGUCUUCAAUAAAAGCUGUUCUGCUUACAAGAUCGAGACCCUUCAACACUACCAGCUCCCAGUCCGACGGUAUGCCUAAAGCUCAGAAAACAGCAUAUUAUGCCGUGCGCAAAGGACGUACGCCAGGGGUUUACCCAACGUGGUCACUCCAAGUGAAAAACUUCCAUGGAGCUAUUUACAAGAAACUCAACACUGAGACGGAAGCCCUUGCAUUUAUUGCCGGAGAGUCGUCUCUCAAGCCGCCUUCUGAACCGUCCUCGUCAAAGGUAUCGCCUACUACCAUGAGUAGCGUGGCGUCGACAUUCCGUCCUAUGGCUGUUGUGAAUGUCAAAGAAGACGAGCCUGGGUACGAUGUUGUUUAUUCUGACGGUGCAUGUAAAGGAAAUGGACAAGUUGGUUCGGUUGCGGGCGUAGGUGUAUGGUGGGGUUGGAACGAUUCCAGGCGAGAAAUCUCAUCUGAGCGACGACACAUGACAACUCAUCAUUAUUUCAGAAACAUUGCCGAACGAUGUCCUGGAGAUCAAACAAAUAAUAGGGCAGAACUCAUCGCGAGUUGUGCAAUCGUUCGGGCAUUGGAGACCGCGCCAUUCUCCCAGCAACCACUCAUGAUCAAAACAGACUCAAAGUAUGCUAUACAAUGCUUUGAAUCCUGGUUGCCAAAGUGGAGCGCGAACGGCUUUCGAACGUCCACUGGCCAACCCGUCAAGAAUGUGGAACUCAUCACGUACUUGGCAGCAUUGCUAUAUGCCCGUGAAAGGGCAGGACCAAAAGUCGUGUUUAAGCAUGUCAGAGGUCACGUUGGAAUCGAGGGUAACGAGGGUGCUGACCGAUUGGCUAAUGACGGAGCUCUCAAACCACAGCUGCCGGAGCGGGAUUGGUUGCGGCUAACCCGUGAUUUGGAGAAGAAGCCAAUCACAUCGAGGACAAUACCUGCGCCAGUCAAGUUGAACGUGAACGCAUCUGUGCCGCGACGGGCCGCUACCUCUGCUAGUGGCUCCUCCAGCAGUACUAGGCCUCCACAGCCACCCAUAACAAUGCGUGUUUCAUAUCCUCCAACAUCCAAACCGGAGUCCCUCAGCAAAGCAGAAUUAGAUGCAUAUGCGAGCUGCCUUCUUGAUGCCGACCAACUCACCAAUCUGGAGACGGACGAUUUGGAAUCGGAUUUCUAGGCUGAUUCACGGAGUACCGGAGUCCGAGAUAUUGAUAUCGCCUGACCAUAGUAAAUACGGCACAUAGUUAUCGAUUCAGCUAUGAAUAAAUCUAUACCGAGGACGUUCGACUGGUACGGUACACGAGAACUUCCC